AUGACUCUAGGUAACAAACCUAGCUACCAAUGCUCAUCCACAACCAACCACUACCAAGAGAACAACCCAAUCAGACCACAGGCAAGAAGAAGAAAAUACUACCAAUACCAGCGCGAGAAGAAGAAGAAGAAGAAGAAGAAAAAGAAGAAGAAGAGAGGAAGAAUCAAAGAGCAAGCAAAAGAGCUGGUAUCAGAAUUUGGACUGAGGAAACGCGGCAACGAGUCCAGAGAAAAAUAG